AGGCGGUGCCAUUCUCGCCACUAGAUGUCGCGCCGACUUCAAAUCUACAGAGUGUACUACUUCGAGUGAUUGGUUGUGGUGGGCUUAUCGCUAUGGCCAGCCCCGCUCCGGGUGACCCAAAUCGGGAUACCUCUACCACCCCGCACAAUGACCCGCCCCACGACCCCGUAUGUCGUCUUUGCGGGGGUAACAGUGCCAAUGGCGUGGAUAUCUUCAGUGACGAGGGCCAGAAUUGUUUACUGGCCGAGAAAUGCAAAAGCUGUCUGCCCCUCCUGAUCACUCCGAACGAUGAGCUCUCCAAAAUCAUUUGCGUCUCUUGCGUGGACGAGUUGGAGCGAGUGCGAAAGUUUUUUGACCAAUGUUUCGAGGCCAAUCGGAGUCAGAUUAUUGCCCACCGACAAUUCCAGCCGUCGCCUCUGGAUCUGGAGACCCAUCUCAAUCAAUAUGUCCGUUCUUUCAAUCCACCCUUGGUGCCUCAGAUCAAGAUGGAACCCAGUGCUCUCUGUGAUAUCGAAUGGGGUCGUGACUCCGGUGACGAAAACGACGAGAAUUACGCACCCGAAUCUCAACCCUGUGAGGAUGUUAAACCCGCCAUGGAGGUUUUGGAGGCAGUCCAGGAUAUUCUGGAUGAAACUCAAGGCCUCUCUAUCGUCAAGAAACGCAAGCGAAGGAAGGUUGGCAUCAAACAUUGCAUGGAGGAAAAUCUCAAUCGGCCCAUGUGGCCAUGUCGAGACGAAACUCCCAGCGACGAAGAACUAGGUGAUAAAGCAACCAAGAAAAAGGUGAUUCGGAAAAAGAAAUUGGAACCCUUGGCUCUAUCCACUUGUUCUAAAUGCCAGACAUCAUUCCUGGAUCAUCAGGCCAAUUUGGAACAUUGGAAAGAGAAUCAUAAAGAAGCCCAAAUCCAAUACAAUUGUCAAGAAGAUAAAUGCGAGUUCAACUCUGCAGAAUGUGAGGAAAUCAUUGCCCACCAAAUUGAGCUACAUCCAACUUCAACCAAAGGGAAACGUAUUCCGAAAAAAGAGGGCAAAUUGGAAGAUUGCAAGGUCUGUGGCAAGUCAUAUCCAACAACUUACUUGUAUUCUCGUCAUAUGCUGUCUCACUCCGAUCAAAAGAAUUUCAAAUGUCAUGUCUGCGAGAAGGAUUUCAAAAGCACCCAGGACCUCAAGAUUCACAUCAAGGUUCAUGGUACUUUUGAAGAGAAGUACACCCAUUGCUGCGAGCUUUGUGGCAAACGAUUCACGCAACGGUCAAAUCUGGACUCGCACUUGCGCGUCCAUAGCGGUUACAAGCCGUACAAUUGUGAUUUCUGUGAAAAGACCUUCUCCCAGAAAGGCAAUAUGGAGGAACAUCGACGGACUCAUACCGGCGAGAAACCAUUUGUGUGCGAGUUGUGUGGGUCUCCAUUUGCCCGCAGAUCUGAGCUUCAGCUUCACUUGAGGUGUGUCCACACCGGCGAUCGCCCAUAUCAAUGUGCAUUUUGUCCUAAGAACUUCCAGAGACGCGAUUUAUUGCGGAAGCAUGAGCGAAUUCAUACAGACACAAGACCUUACCAAUGCCAAUAUUGUCAGAAGGCCUUCACCCAACGCGACAAAAUGGUGGUUCAUACCCGACUUCAUACCGGCGAACGGCCUUAUGUAUGUAACAUUUGCAAUAAAGGUUUUUGCGAAUCGGGCAAUUUGAAGAAGCAUCUUCGAGUCCACGGCAAGCAAGCUCCAGCUGUGAUGCAUCAAAACAACAAGGGUAAACCUGCCCCCGGGAGUGUGAAUGGACUUCUUAAAUCUGAUGGAGGCAAUAUGGCAAUGUUGAGCAGGAUGAGCAACACUGACAAUCCCUCAGGGGUUCAGUCGGCCUCUGAAACCAAUCCAACAUUCAUGGUUCCGAAAGAAGAAUCCGGUUACACGAUGGCGGGACAUGUCCAGGACCGAUCUUUCUCGCCCAGCUCCCAACACAGUGGGUCAGCUCGAGGCACGCCUCUACCUUCGGUUUCGUCUUGUUCAACUUCCACCGGACCGAAUGCUCCGGUAGUGCCCAAAAUAGAAACGGGAUUUGCGUUUCCCAUGAAUCUUCAAACGGGCUCGAUGAUGAAGAUGGGUGAUGAUCAAUCAGAGACGGGCAGCGAAAGAAGUGUUACCCCUAAUAAUCCGCCCCAACCCGCACAUUUGAGCAAUCCUCAGAUUCCAUAUGCGGCCAUGCACCCUCUCAUGCAACAAUUAAGUGAGAUCCGUGAGAGUUGGUACGGGCAGCAUUCCGGACAAAAUAACCCGGGAAAUGAGAACUGAAUCCCGCACCAAAGACGACAUAUUAUAAUGCUGUUUGGAUCCACUAAUUUUGCCUACGAGUGUGUUUCAAUUGGCAGAGCAAAAAAUACAGUUACACCAUUUGAUGAAUUCAA